AUGGAAGAAGAAGCCAACAAUCAGUUGCCCUUCCUUGACGUCCAAUUUACAAAACCGGCAGACGGGAAGAUAUGGAAAACGGUCUACCGUAAGACAACUAACACCUGGCGCAUUCUUCACUUCCAAAGCAACCACCCCGUUGGUCACAAACGCGAUUGUGUCAGAACCCUCUUCCGACGUGUUCAAACACGCUGUAGCGACGACAGUGGGAAGCAGGAGGAGAUGAAGGACUUACAUGUCCUUUUAAAGCCAAAGGUCAUCCGAAGCCCUUCAUCCGCAAGUGCCUCAAAAAGCCUCUCAUUCAUCGGUCGAGCGAAAGAAAGCCAAAAUUCUGGCUCGCCGUCCCCUACAUGA